GCUAAUUAUAAUACGGACAGCGACCAUUGUUGUGUUUAUUAUUUGCUCAUCUAAUAUUUUCUAAACGUUGCCACGUGUGUUAAAGAUUAUCAACUUUUAAAAUUACGAAGUUUUGACCAUAGGCCGUCGAAAACGCAGAUGCAAAUUUUGUCAAUUGUGAAAGCGAGUUGCGUGAGUGGUGUAAAAUAUAGUGUAACACUAAAAAAUAAUAAAAAUAAUAAUGCAUGUAUUGUGGGAUUUAUGUCUUGUCGUCAAGAAAGUUGCAAGAAAGGGGAAACGUUUUGCUGUGUAUCGUAUUUGUAAUAAAUUUUGUAAGAACAUUCAUCCAGGUGAAAGAAGACAAAAUGCUUCCUCUAGCCAGAGUGAGCUACCAGGGGAGUCUUUGAGCUCAGAUCUCACACUCGUGCAGUCGUCUCGAAAGUCGAAACGUUGGAACAAUCUUGUGGCAUACUGGCUGCUUGGUCUUUGCAACAACUAUGGCUAUGUGGUUAUGCUGAGUGCUGCACAUGAUAUACUUAGCACUGACUUCAAUGAGUCUAUAAAUAGCACCAGCCCACCAGCUAACGUAUCAAGCAAUACCACCAGAGAUUGUAAUCGUAUAUCAACAGGGGCUAUUUUAUUAGCAGAUGUCUUACCGUCUCUUGGAGUGAAAACAAUUGCUCCUUUUUUACUAUUCAGUGUUCACUUGCGUGUGGCAUUGGUGGUUCUAUUGGCAACAGCUGGAUUUUUGCUGGUCGCACUUGCCUCUGUUGAAUGGAUGGCUGUGUUAGGUGUACUUUGUACAUCUUUGGGGUCUGGCUUGGGAGAAGUUACAUUUCUUUCAUACAGUACUUACUUUGACAGAAAUGUUGUAUCCACCUGGUCUUCAGGCACAGGCGGUGCUGGUAUAUUUGGUGCUGGUUCAUAUGCAGGUCUGAUAGCUCUGGGAAUGAAACCAGCCAAUGCUUUGCUAGUUAUGUUGAUAGUCCCUUUGAUUAUGAGUGCAUCAUUUUGGAUACUUUUACAGCAUCCAGAAAAAAAUGACGUUAAGGCACUCGUAAAAUUAGAAAAAUAUUCCAUGCAACCAAGCACUGUUGCAGAAGCAUCAUCAAACAUGGAAGCAAGUAAAACGAUGAAACCUGUGAUGAGUCUGAAGGAAAAACUACUUUUCAUACCUUCACUCUGCAAAUACAUGCUUCCUCUUACUGCAGUCUACUUGUUUGAAUACUUCAUCAACCAAGGAUUGUUUGAGUUAAUUGAAUUCUACAAUACCUGGUUGACACACAAGGAGCAGUACCGAUGGUUGCAACUGAUUUAUCAGAUUGGAGUUUUUAUAUCACGUUCUUCGGUUAAUAUUGUCACCAUUUCUCAUAUUUGGGUAAUGGCAGUUUUACAGUUCCUGAACGUGAUUCUUUUUACAUUCCAAGUAUUGUAUGAAUUCAUUCCUAACAUUUGGAUUGUAUUUGCUAUUGUAUUAUGGGAGGGACUGCUUGGAGGAGCAGCAUACGUCAACACAUUCUACAGAAUAUCAGUGGAGGUUCCAAAAGAAAAGCGUGAAUUCUCCAUAGGAAUCACAACCUUGUCUGAUGCAGUUGGAAUCUGUCUUGCAGGAUUCAUAUCUAUACCUGUUCACAACAUUUUGUGUAAUUUACCCAAGCCUGCUUAAUGCAAUGCCAUAUUGCAUUAGGUAGACAUUCUGGUGUUUCUUGUAUAUCACAGCAUUAAGAAAACAUCAAUUAUACUAGAGAAUAUUUUUAUAUAUACAUUUUUUAAUAAUGGUGUUGAUGAAAAUGCUUGUUUUUUAAAAAUAAAAGUACAGUAUUUGUAUCAACAAAAAAAAAACUGUUGCAUGAUAUAGUCAAUUUUAGCAGAUAUUUAUGUGACUAAUUACUUGUACACCAAUUGUAUUAUUUCUGUAAGAAAUAAGGGUGUGAUAAUAUCAAAGAACAGGUUUCUGAAUGUUGUUACCCAUUAUUUAUAUAAUUGUGCAUGUCUAAUUAUUUUCCCUGUUUAUAAAGAAACAUGAAACACAUGAAGGUGUUAUAAUAAUAGGUUGAGGGAAGUCACAUUCUUAUUUUAGCUCAUUACUAUAAUUAUAAAGGAAUAAAAAUGCAAGAAGUUAGAAAUUCUUUGAGACAUCAAAAUUAUGUCAGUAUUUGUAACCUUAAAGUUAUCAUUGGCCUACAUUUUGCUGAUGCAUGUGUUGUAUGGUCUUUAACCCAAAGGCCAUAUUGAUCCAAUUUGGCUUUCAGAUUAGUUUGUGUGAAUCGAGCCUCUUCUGGCAGAAUUAUUGGAAGUAUGAACAGCUUAAAGCAAACAAAACACAGUGGUGACUGUAAGCAGAAGUUAAUUGUGGUGUGUGGCCAUUUUCGAUCCACCUCAGUAGCCAGCACUGCCACUUAUAAUAACCAGCUAAAAAUUAUGUACAAGUACAUAAUCUGUCUUCAGUAUUAACAGUCUGAGCUUGCAGACACUGAUGUACCUACUAAUAGGGCCAUACUUACCGAUUCUGUACUGGGUGCGUGUCCUUGGUGUCACCUUGCUGACCUCUUUGUGUUUCCCCUCUUCCCCCUCCCCUCAUUUUGCCAGCUGUUCCAACCCUUCCCCUACUUGCCCUGUCACAAGCUUCUUGUAGUGCUCAAAUAUGCUUGUAUCCCUUGUCAUUGUUGCAUUCAUUACCUGGUGCCGCAUGGGUUGGAAGUUACGGCUGUUAAAUAAUUUCAGUUUGUUAGGUUUUGUGGACUGUGGUGGUCAUGCGUGUAAAUAUUUUUUCGUGUUCCGAAAUUCUUGUUUCGGCUUACCACCUAAAUUUAGUUAUGUUUUGAUGUUGUGUGUGAGCCGUGAUAUUUUUUUAACAGCCUCUUUCGUGUUUUGUCAUGACGAGUCUCAGUGUGUCUCCCAGCGAGUUGAAGUCCUUUCGUACGUCCUGUAUUUUCUAGGUCUAACUGUUUUGUGAACACAUCAUCAUGAUUAUGUCUUUGAAAUUCUAUAUCAUACUUUGUUCUUACCUGAAAUCAUAACCAGCAUGUGUUCCUUAAUGUUUUUGAAUGUGCUGUAAAUUGGUAACAUGAGCGUUGUAGAGAGUUACGAUCCCAGCUGUUUGACUAAGUUAUUGAUAAACUGGCUAAUAACCGUGGCUUCGCUCUUGCAGUUUCAGAGUAGUGCUAAUAUCUUACCAUUGAAAUAGAAGUAUGUAAUUAAUUCCAAAUCUUUUUAGUUAAUAAAUAGACAUAAUAUAUUGUCAGGUGCAUAAAGAAUUUAUUUCAUAACAAAAACAUUUAAGAAUGAUGAUUUUGUAAGUAGUUUUUCAUAGGCCUUAUUAAUUUUUAGUAUAGAUUAAGUAUCUUAUUUUAAAAGUUCUGUUUUAGAGUGUUUGAGGAUAUAUUUUACCUUGAUGAAAUCACACUUGCUAUUCAUUUCAUGAGGUAGACAAAUUUAAAAAAUUGUUAAACAUGCACCUAUUUCAUUUUAUCUAAGUUUAUGCCAUCGUUUACACUAACACUUUCAUUUACUAUGGUUAUAGGUAUGCUUAGAAUAAUUAAAUAAUUUCACCUUAUCACAAACACCUCUCAUUAUUUAAGGCUUUUUGAUACAAUAUAAUCUAUAUUUGAAAUGUAGAGUAUAAAUAUCAAAUUUCUUAUCCAACGUGUUAGUUGAUUCUAAGUUUACUUAGUAUUACUUAAAAAAAAUUCCCUAAAAUUGUUUACCCCUGUCUUAUAUUCCCACACAAAAUCAACGUAAAAAUAAGAACAAAGUAAAUAUGGCAAUAUCCGUUAACCAAACAAAAAACCAAAACCAUCCCAUUUUAUUAUUUUUACCACAGAUGUAAAUUUCAAGAUAAUUAUAAUAAACUUAAAUUUAUAUUGAGUUAAAUUUUAUCUUACAAAUACUGAUUUAGAGAAUUCCAUAACUUUUUAAUUUUUUAAAUAAUAUUAACCCCUGUUACAACUGAGGUGAUAUUUCGGAGAAUGUUGAGUAAGCGAAGGUUGCUUAAGGUAUGUUUAUUUAUCAUUUCCAGUAUCUUAAAUCAAGUUUGAUCUGAUCAGAUUAUAUAUAUUUUUAAUUUAAAGUUAAAACCAUAUUUCCAAUAUUUUAUCCUUCAAAAAGUAUAACUUCAGCAAGUUGUAAAAAGGAGUUGGUAGAUUUUUCAUGUUUAUGAAUGAUACCACAUAACUUACACUCCACUUGAUUAGCUUCAAAGGUACAAAUUUUAUAGUAAUGU